AUGGUGGAUAGUAUGCUCUCCCGCGCCAACACCACCCAGACGGACAGCCCCGGCAGCGACUUUGUAUGGCACUUGUUAUUGAUGCUUCUGGUUGUGACGUUACUCUGUUUCAGUUUUUUCCUGUACUUCAUCAUAGUCAUCCUCAAAGUCUACUUCACCUCCCCUCAUGUCCGCGACCAUGCGCGCUACAUCCUCUUCGCCCACAUGCUCAUUAACGACACGCUGUAUCUCAUCGUGGUUCUUAUCCUCUUGCUGUCGAGGAUGUUCUUAAUCCGCUACCCCGUGCCGGUCUGCUACGCCAUGCUCACCUUGGCAGCGUGCACGUUUAGGGUCACCCCAUACAACCUGGCGGCCAUGGCUCUGGAACGCUACGUCGCCAUUUGCUACCCGCUGAGACACAUGGAGCUCUGCACGCCGCAGAGGUCUAACACCGCCAUCGCGCUCAUGUGGGUAACUGGAAUAAUGCCCAACGUGGCGGAUUUAAUUACCCUCAGCGCCUCGGUGGAGACCGAAUUCUUCUCACUACGCAUUUUGUGCAGACAGGAACGUACCAACAUGAACCCCCUUCAGAGCACCAUUCAGAGCCUCACCUUUGUGCUGACCCUAACGUUAGUUGGGCUGAUCAUCCUCUUCACGUACGUCAAGGUCAUGAUGGUGGCCCAGCAGAUCCAUACUGGAAGUUCUUUCGCCUUCAAAGCCGGCAAAACGGUCAUGCUUCACGCCUUCCAGCUGGUCUUAUGUAUGGCCUCUUUGACCUCCUCGUUCACGGAGUCCAACGGCAGAGACUAUAUUCCCUUCGUAGUCACGAUCAAUUUCCUAGUCUUCAUGUGUCUGCCAAGGUUCCUCAGUCCAUUAAUCUACGGCCUGAGGGACGAAGUGUUCAGCAAAUUCAUUCGAAAGAUGUAUUCCUCAAAACUUUCACAUCAUCUUUGGCAAAGUUAA